AAAUACUUCAGAAGCACAAUCAUGAUAACAGUCUCAAUCAUUAUCGUGAUCUGAGACUGUGGUGUACUGAACGUGAUAGGGUCUUAUGAUUUAGGGUCUGUGACUAAAGUCUUGUAUCAGUUCUUCUAGAAAUCCGAAAACUUGUACCGGUACAUCUGCUUGUUCUCUACUAGCGAGCAACUCAAACAUACCGUAACCGCCGCGCCAUUCAAGUCCCAGGGAGCCAGCUGCACGGUGCUCCCGGUGAAUUUCCACAGCGGUCUUUAGGGUCUGUGACUAAAGUCUUGUAUCAGUUCUUCUAGAAAUCCGAAAACUUGUACCGGUACAUCUGCUUGUUCUCUACUAGCGAGCAACUCAAACAUACCGUAACCGCCGCGCCAUUCAAGUCCCAGGGAGCCAGCUGCACGGUGCUCCCGGUGAAUUUCCACAGCGGUAGCAAUGGCUGUGGUGAUAGAUAUCGGGACAGACUAUUGCAAGUGUGGACUGGCCGGUGAUGACGCGCCCAGGACUGUGGUGCCAACGAUUCUCCUGACUGAUACUUAUGUGGGCGAGACACCACCACACAUGACUAGAAGCUUACUGUCUACGUCUCCGAAAAGACCUGUAGAACACGGUUAUGUGACGGACUGGGAUGGAAUGGAAAAGGUACUCCGCAAUUGCUUCGACCGGAUGAGGAAGACUUGCUCUAGAAACCAGCCCUUGCUGUACACUGAGCCUGUGCUCACACCGCUGGCUCAGCGGCAACGAAUGUUACAGCUGUUGUUUGAGAAUUUUGACGUGCCGGCCACGCAGAGUGAGAUUCAAGCCAAGCUGUCUGUGUACACCGGUGGACGGUCGGUGUCCAUGGCCGUGGAGUGUGGCGCUGGUGUCACGCAGGUCUAUCCGGUCUGGGAGGGCUACACUGAGCCGGCCGCGAUCAAGCGCGCCGACUUUGGUGGGCGUGAUGUGACUCAUUACCUUGGUGAGCUGCUCAGCCAACGUGGUCGCUCAUUUCCCAGCACGGCUGAUCAGCUAACACUGGACAAACUCAAAAUAGACUCUUCGAGCCUGGCAAUGGACUAUAAUGCAGAUGUGGCCAGGCUGAAACAGUCAGGUAGCCUGGAAAAGAAGUAUCUGCUUCCCAGCGGUGAAGCAGUGACACUGGGCGAGGAACGGCUGCGAUGUCCUGAAUCACUAUUUGAUCCAUCUCUGAUGGGUGUAUCCUCACCAGGCGUUCACGUGCUCGCUGCGGACGCGAUAUCGGCGUGUCCAAUCGAUAUACAGCGCGAUCUCCUGCGCAAUGUGCUCUUGUGCGGCCAAGCCAUGUCGUUUCCCAACUGCAAAGAGAGGCUUCAGCGUGAACUGGAGCAACUGUUUGGUAAUGGCGGUCGCACACGCGUACGUGUCGUGCAAUCGCCUGAUGUAAAUGCAUGGGUCGGCGGCUCCAUUGUAGCUUCUUUGUCCUCGUUUCAGCGCUUGUGGAUCACGGCUGACGAGUAUAAAGAGUGUGGUCCUCAUGCUUUGUAUCGCCUUCUGAGACUCUGAUAGCCAAUGCCGGGCCGGCACAGACACGAGUGUGCAUGCGAAGUCGGAAUGUGCUGUCCCCACAGGAUAACGCGAUUCCGCGGACGUGCAACUUUCCCCGCGUUAUUGGCUUUCAUCCACGUACAGUCAGCAGAUAGCCGCAUGAUUGAUCUGACCGCCAGCCAACAGCGACAUGUAAUUACAUUCCAGAGUCCUGUUCUUGAAAUCUGAGACUCAGUAUAUAUGCUCACUCUGCAUGCACUAUGUCCCCAGCAUGGCUGUAGUGGUAUUGUUCAACAGUUGCGUACGGCAAUCUGAUUCUGUAUUGUACAUAUCCCUUGUUUUAAUUUGCUAGUACAGAAAAAAUGAACUUCGAAUUACGAGUAGAGUUUGAGCGAGACAUCCAAAUGUCGGGAAAAACUUUUGACAUUCUGCCUGCCGUAUCUGCACAUAUUUCUGCUUUUUUAGACCAAAAUUAAUUGAAUAGCCUGUUGAAGUACGUAUCAUAUUACUAGAGAAGAAUAGUUUUUAAUUUCUGUCAAAUUUCCAAAACUCAUACCGGUACUUGAGUACGUGUACUUCAAUCUCAUAAUAUCCCAGUUGAUCUCAGAUAA